GAAUGAGAGAGGGAUGUAUCUCCCUGACGGGCACAGAGCUUUCCAACAGGUGGAGGACACAGGUAAGGUAAGGUAAGUUAGACACAUAUGAUCAUUUGUAGUUUUAUAUUUCCUCUUGUGUCAUUUAAAGAAAGCUUUUUGCCGAGGCUGUGUUAGAGCGGUGUUUAGACUUGUAAAUUAAUUUCCUCAAACUGCAUUUCCCUGUUUUGUACAAGCACAUGUGUUGAGCUCAUGGAGUAGAUUCACCACUGGACUGGAAGAUGACAGAUGAUAACCACAUGGACAUGGAGACAGAGAACAAGCGCACUAUGGAUAUUGACUUUUCUGCCGGACUAUCAGAUGAGACUCACCAACAUCUGACAGCCAGUGAAGGGCCUUCCAGCAGCUGCAAGAGGACCAGAGUGCGAUCCAGACCCACACUCCAGUCCACAAAAAGUUUUCCCCCUUACAGUCAGUGUAUUGGUGGACUCGGAGAGGACGAGGACAAUGAGCUCAAUUCAGAGUCAAGCAACGUGAUGAAGGACGAGAGGACUGAGGUUUUUCAAGGCACAGAAAGAAAAGAGGACUUUGAAUUGAAAGCAAGAUGUGCAAGAGAUGAAGUGAAGGCGAAAUGGAGGAUGAGGAGGAAGGAGAGGAUAGGGGGGAGCUAUGAAGUUGAUCCAGACGGAUGUGAGAGGGCGAGGUGGAAGGAUAAGGAAAGGGAAGGGGGCGCAAACAGUGUGUGGAAACGCUGGAGAGGCAGAAACUCCAGUUUUGAGAUAGAAAGAAAAGAGGAUGAAGAGAGGAAGAGAUGUCCUGUUUCAGCAGCAGAGGGGGAGGAUGAGGGGAGCGGGGAGACCCAAGAGAGGAAGGAUGAAGAGGCCGAGGAGCUGCCGGGAAUGAUUGAGGGCUCCACAGCACAUCCGUGGUCCUCCCCACAUCCAAUCCUCUCCAGGCUUUUGCAUUCGUCCUCCUCCACCUCCUCCUCCUCCUGCUCCUCCAUCAACCUCUCCUCAGCAGAGAGCGAUGAGGUCUUCAGCGAAGGAGAGGAUGUCGGCUCAAAGCGGAGGGCGUUCAGGAAGAGCCGCUCCUGGAAAACCUACCUGACCAUGAUGCACUGGUCACUGCGGCGGCAGAGCUCCUGGGUGCAGCUGGCUGGACAUCAAGGCAACUUAAAGCUGAGCGAGGGAGGGGAGGUGUUGAAACUGUACAGUGAAGCGGAGGCAAAGUGUCUGGAAUACCUGAUGAGAGACCCGCUGAGACCUUUCGUCCCACAGUACCACGGCCUGGUCACAAAGGGGGAGCACUGCUACAUCCGCCUGGAAGACCUGCUGAGCGGCCUGAGGAGACCCGUCAUCAUGGACUGCAAGAUGGGAGUCAGGACAUAUCAGGAGGAGGAAGCGAUCAAAGCCCGGACUAAGGCCUCCCUGCGGAGUGACAUGUACCAGAAGAUGGUGAAAAUAGACCCGUCCGCUCCGUCAGCGGAGGAACACGCACAGAAAGCGGUGACCAAGUGGCGAUACCUUCAGUGGAGGGAUACAACCAGCUCUACGUCUGUGCUGGGCAUCAGGAUAGAAGGCAUCAUGAUGGAGGACGGCAGUGUCAAACGGGACUUCAGGAAAAUUCAGACUUUAGCUCAGGUCACGGAGGCAUUGCUCUACUUCACCAGGAGUCAGCUGGACAUGCUGAAAGCGUACCACUCCAGACUCCUGGCCCUGAGUGAUGCACUGAAGAAUUCACUAUUCUUCAGAACCCAUGAGUUGAUUGGCAGCUCGCUUCUCUUCGUCCACGACCAUAGCAGCAAGGCCAGCGUGUGGAUGAUAGACUUUGGGAAGACGACCCCGGUGCCUGAGGCCAGCGAGCUCCGACACAACGUCCCGUGGGCCGAGGGGAGCAGAGAGGACGGCUACCUCAUCGGCCUGACCUCCCUCAUCACUUCUCUGAGCCAGGCCAUCAGCGUGGCAUCCUGUCAGCAGGAGGACAGCUGUGGAGAAGAAAAGAGCGUUGCAUGAAGUUCACUGAGGGGUUGUGGUGGAGACACACUGAAAUUCAAGAUCAGGUGGACAAAACGACUGCUGUUACACUUUGAACUCAUUUUGAAGACACAACACAGGAGGAUUUGUUUAUCUGUCUUCAUGGGCUGAGGAAGAGAACGACAGAGUAUAAUUCAUAAAUGUGAUGCAGUUGUCUUACAAUUGUACAUCUGGCAUGUACAUGCUGUAACAGUGGAGACAGUGUUUUAAUAUAAAGACUCUCUUCUUUUCUAUUCCCUUUUUUAUCAUUCAUAAAGGACCAAAAACUAAUUUUCCCUGGCUUAGUCUGCAAAAGCUCAGAGAUCUCAUCUGCGUUGCAACUCAUGCUAAGGUUAUUUGUUUACAGCAGCAAAAGGAACUCAUAAUGAAUCAUAAAAACAAACGCACAUAUGGCUGAACAGCCUCAUGUUCUACCUGAUAGACUGACUUAUAAGUUAAAUGAUACAGAACACCUUCACAUAGACUGUCCAAUAAACACUGAUAUAUAUACACGUCACUAAUACUCAGUAAAACAUCUAUCAUUUCAUACUAAACCACCAAUAGG